GGAAGAGCAGUCUGUGCUCUUACCCACUGAGUCAUCUCACCAGCCCCACAUUUUACAUUUUAUACUGAUAAGACAGAUUCACAUAAAACAGCAAAUUCCCGUUUUCUGUUCCUAAGACUGAGGACAGCUUGGAUUGCAGACAAAUGUGUCAUUCUAGGUGUUGGUGUCAUUUGAGGACGUAGCGGUGGACUUCACCUGGGAGGAGUGGCAGGACCUGGACGCUGCUCAGAGGGCCCUGUACAGGGAUGUGAUGCUGGAGACCUACAGCAGCCUGGUGUCCCUGGGGCACUGCAUGGCCAAACCUGAGUUGAUCUUCAACUUAGAACAGGGACUUGGGCCACGGAGCACAGCAGGAGCCUCAGUAUGGAACCUCUCAGGUGUCGACAGUGUGAGCAGCCUGGUUGAUUCCAUCCAGGAAAAUGAUAGCAGACAUUUCUGGCAAAUGGAAAUCAACAGCCAUACAUCAAGUGAAGAACUGGUUGAAGCAGAACUGAAGAUUCAUGAGGAAAUUCACCGAGGGGCAAAAUCCUAUGAAUGCGAAGUAUGUUUGGAAGCAUUUUACCUGAAGUCACAGUAUAGCACAAAGCAGAAAUAUCACACAUGCAAGAAUCCAUAUGACUGUAAGAAAUGCAGAGAAGCUUUCUAUUCUCAAUCUACCUUCAGUCAGUAUCAGAGGCUAGAGAGAGGUGAGAAACCCCAUGCAUGUAUAGAGUGUGGGAAAUCUUUCUACUGCAAGUCUCACCUCACUGUGCAUCAGAGGACCCACACAGGUGAAAAGCCUUAUGAAUGUAAAGACUGUAGGAAAGCUUUCUACAGCAAGUCCCAGCUCAAUGUGCAUCUGAGAAUUCAUACAGGUGAGAAGCCCUAUGAAUGUAAAAACUGCAAGAAGGCUUUCUACCGUAAUUCUGACCUCACUGCACAUCAGAAAACUCAUACAGGUGAGAAGCCCUAUGAAUGUAAAAUAUGCAAUAAAGCUUUCUACUGCAAUUCACAGCUCACUGUACAUCAUAGGACUCAUACCGGUGAGAAGCCUUAUGAAUGUCAAGUAUGCAAUAAAGCUUUCUACUGUAAGUCACAGCUCACUGUACAUCACAGGACUCAUACGGGUGAGAAGCCUUAUGAAUGUAAAGACUGCAGGAAGGCGUUCCAGUGUAGGUCAGACCUCACUCGACAUCAGAGAACUCACACUGGUGAGAGGCCAUAUGAGUGUAAUGAGUGCAGGAAAGCUUUCUACCGCAAGUCAGACCUCACAGUACAUCAGAGAACACAUACAGGUGAGAAGCCCUACGAAUGUAAAGAGUGCAAGAAAGCUUUCUACUGUAAUUCACAACUUACUGUACAUCAAAGACAACACACAGGUGNGAAGCCUUAUGAAUGUAAAGACUGUGGGAAAGCUUUUCAGUGCAAAUAUGAACUCACACAACAUCAGAGAACAUACACAGGUGAGAAACCUUAUGGAUGUAUAGAAUGCAUGAACGCCAUCCAUCCACUGGACUGAGUACAGGGUCCCCAAUGAAGGAGCUAAGGACCCAAGGAGCUGAAGGAUUUGCAGUCCCUUAGGACAAACAACAAUAUGAACUAA